UAUAGCUAGCCACACACUCGCACAUCCUCUUACUUCUACUCUUUCUCUCUCUCGUGGACGACGACACUCUAUUUCUUCCUUUUAGUUUCAUCUUCAACAGCUACCGCUGCUUCUUUCAUGUCUUUGAACAUGAUCAACUCUUAUGCUUCUACCGACUUUGAAGGUACUAGGGGAAAUGGAUUGUUGGGAUUGAUGCAAGAGAUGCAAGCUCCAGCCAGUUUAAAUUUUGAUGACAUCUCUCAGAACAGAGGCUUUGUUGGGUCUGGAAUUGAGGGGAAAUUGGGAAAGAAUAAGGGAGAAAAGAAGAUAAGAAAGCCCAAGUACGCUUUUCAAACAAGGAGCCGAGUUGAUAUCCUUGAUGAUGGAUAUCGAUGGAGAAAGUAUGGUCAAAAGGCCGUCAAGAACAACAAAUUUCCCAGAAGCUACUAUCGGUGUACACAUCAAGGGUGCAACGUGAAGAAGCAGGUUCAGAGAUUAACAAAAGACGAAGGAGUCGUGGUGACAACCUAUGAAGGAAUGCAUUCUCAUCAGAUCGAAAAGUCUCCAGAUAACUUCGAGCAUAUCUUGAGCCAGAUGCAAAUCUACUCCUGAUCCUUCUAAUUAAGUCCCUAGCUAGGCCUGAAUAUCAUCGUUACAUGAGGAAAUUAUGGUAUCGAGAUAUCCGUAGACUUUUACAUCAAUAAACUGUAGACAAAUUAAGCCUCAAAACGCCAAAAACAAAACGUUCUAUUAAUUAUUUUGAUUUUAUGUAUUCACAGCCCAUCACGUGUAGAAAAUUCUUUCUCGCUUCAAUUCAUUGUAUACUAAGAAUACGUGGUUUUAUCGAAUCCUUUCACGUAUAUUGCUUGAUA